GAAUCUCAGUCUAAUCCUGGAUCCGCAGUUCUUGUUCUGGGCCCCAAAACACCCGUCCGGAGCCCUACGCCGCCGGUCCGAAACCUGCCGCAAUCACACUUCCCGCGCCCCGAUCACCAGUUUUCCCGCUGCCUGCUCCGCAAUAACAACAACGCGCACGGUCUUAGCUUGACGCGUCGAGGAUCAAAACAUUGAGGAGUAGGACUAUCAAGAUACUACAACUACAACUACAACUACACAACACAGCUACAACUACACAACACAGCUACUACACUACACACAUGGACGAAACAAAACUCCAAAUACAAACCCACACGCAGCCAGACUCGGUCCACCCCGUGACGCAGUACAUCUACCCCUGCUCCGGCUGCAAAUCGCGCGUCGUGCGCAACUCGCGCGAAGAGCUGCUCGCCGCCUUCACCUCGGUCUCGGACGGCCAGUUCAUGCGCUCCUGUCACCGUUGCCGCGCAAAGGGCAUCCAGAACCGCAAGCGCCGCCGCGAGGAACUCAGCGAGCAGCAGACCGCGCAGGCGGUCGCGGCCGCUGCUGCUGCUGCCGCGGCAGCCAGUUCGGGAGGAGAUAUGGAUCCGGUGCAGAUCGCAGAGGCAGUGGCGUCGGCUACGCAGCAGUAUAAAGCAGCAGCGGCGGCGGCAGCGGCAGGAGGUCCAGGAAGCAGCAACCCCGGCGAGGACGACGAGGACGACGAGGAGCGGCAGCACGGCGGGACGGUGGACUACCUGAGCCGGUGCACGACAUACGAGGAGUUUCUGAGCUCGCUGCAGGAGUUUAUGGUGACGCACGACCAGCAUGGGGAAUUCGACAUCAACCAGCCCGCGGCGCGGUUCCGGAUCACGCUGAUGAGCGAGACGGUGCUGCCGAGGACGGAGACGUGUCCUGCGCGGACGGUGGACGCGGUGACGCGCGACACGCACGAGAGCCAGAAGUUGGCGGCGCUGAUGAUCCGCGACGCGCUGUAUGAUGCGACGGGGUAUUUUUUCCAGCUGCGAAAGGGCGGACGGCCGCACCCGGACGGCGGAAAGUACAAUUUCAGCUGCUCGCGGGCGGAGGAGCGCAAGGGCGCGUAUGACCGGACGAAGCGGAUGCGGGAGGGCGGCGGCGUGCGACAGCGGCGGACAAAGACGAGGGAGUUUUUCAAGUGCGAAGGGCGGGUGAUGAUGUGUUUUUCGAGGACGAAUUCGUGGAUCACGUUGGCGUAUGCGCAUCGGUCGCAUCCGGAGACGCCCAAGAUCCACGAGAAGAAGGAGAGGAGUACGGUUACGGAGGAGGGACUACCGAUUCAAACGAAGACCACUCCGCAGCAGCAGCCACCGGCGCCGACAGCAGGCCCAACGGUUUCGUCGCAGUUACAGCAGCAUCAGCAGCAGGCACAGCACCAGCAUCUGCCGACGCCGCAGCUACACCAUCUACAACAGCAGCAGCAGCACCAUCACCACCCUACGCAGCAGACACACGGCCUGCUGGCGGUGCAGCAGCACAUGCAGCAGCAGAGCCAGCAGAUUGAUCCCGCGCUGAUGGGGGCGGAGGCACUGGCGCAUGUUUCGCAGCAGCACCAGCAGCAGCAGCAGCAGCACGGGACGUACCCGGGCCAGUACGGGAGUGGAUAGGGCAGAUCAUGUGGAGCGAUAGCAGAUCGUGAUCAGAUGACGGCUGUGCGCGAUAAGACGAGGGCGAGGACGAGUCAGGCCGAGUAAACAAAAGCGCGGGAAAAAGGACCGAAAGAGGCAGCUUCCUGAUUGAGACUAGCGCCAAACCGCCACAGGCGAUAGGCGCCGAUAGUGAAAGUAGAGUGUGUGUGCAGUGAUUGUGUGUGUUUAUGUGUAUUAGUAUUGUUAUUGUGUAU